AUGCCUCUCGCCGGACACUGCCUCUGCAAAGCCGUCACGUACACCGUGGACAUUGACGCGCCUCUGGCCACUGCUUAUGAUCACUGCGAUGACUGCCAACGCCAGAGUGGCUCGACCUACUCGCUCGUCGCUGUCGUCCCAAAGGACAAGCUGGAUCUCUCUGGUCCCGUCAAGACCUGGACUGGCCAGGGCUCUUCCGGCCAUCCUGUCCACCGCCUCUUCUGCUCUGAGUGUGGUUCCCCCAUCGCCCAUGACCCUGAAGCCGCUCCUGAGAUCAUUGCCCUCAAGGCUGGCACUCUGAAUACUAAGAUCAAGCAGACCUUGAAGCCUGACACCGAGAUCUGGACCGUCAGCAAGCUUCCUUUCUGCCAGGAAUCCCUUGCCCACCCCUUCGAGCACAUGCCGGGGCCCUGA